AAAGCAUUGGCCCGUCCGCUCCCAAAGCCACCAUGGUACCCAUCAGCAAAACUACAACCAUGUGGUUCUAGGUAGCCCGACACGCACCCAGAAUGCUCACCGAUCAUUGAGGCGGGAGAACACUAGGAUGAGUGGCAUCCUGACCUCGCAGACGGAGCCAUACGACCUGUCCUCCUCGCGCUCCUUCCAGAGCCUGUCCCACCUGCCGCCCACCUACGAGGCCGCCGUCAAGGCCGACCUCAACAGAUACUCCUCCCUCAAGAGACUGACGGAUAAAGACGUCGACGACUACUACACCCGCAAGCGUCACCUCCCUGACCUGGCAGCCAGAAGCACCCUGCCCUUACACGUCAUCAAAAUGAACCAGGAACAACAGCAGCAGCAGCAGCUCCAGAGCCAGCCCCCCCAGCCCCAGGUGACCCAGGCCCCACCCCAGCAGCCCCAGGCCCAGCAGGCCCCCAGGAGACAGAGGCCUCCCCGAGUCCAAAGGGCCAUGUCUCAGGACCGGGUUCUGUCCCCACACCGAGGCCCCCAGGAAGACUAUAGCAUCUCCUACGGGAUGGGGAUGACCGAGCAUGGAGGACGAAUCCUGUCUGAUGAGCAGCUACUGUCUGCUGAGAGGCUGAGGUCUCAGGAACGCCUGCUUCCUCAGGACCGCUUGAUGUCCCAGGAACGGCUGUACUCCAAGGACCGCAUGUACUCCAAAGACAGGCUGUUACAAUCGCAAGACCACAUGUACCCUAAAGACCGCCACUUCUCCCAAGACCGCCUCUACUCGCAAGACCGCUUGUACUCCCAAGACCGCCUGCUAUCUCAGGAUCCUCUGAUCUCACCGGACAAAAUGAUGAUGUCGCUAAAGCGUGGUGUAGUUGGCAGCGUGUCCGGCGGUUUCCGGGGAAACAACGACAAGUCGAUGUCGCACGCCAUCUCGCACCCGGACGUGUUCAUGCCCACGACGCCACUCAUGGACCGCUACAAGAUGACCAAAAUGCACUCCCAUCCCAGUGCCUCGAACAACGCAGGAGUGGCAGGCGGAGCAGGACCAGGACCUGGACAAGGGGCCCACUCCAACACUCUAGCCAUGAACCACACGACUAAUAAGAGGCAGCAGUUUGCCUCUAGAAGGACCCACACUGUGGAGCAGCUCCACUACAUCCCCCAACACCACCACCAACAGCAACAGCAGCAGCAGCAGCACUAUCGCACAGGCAGCAAGACCGAAGUGACUGUUUAACGCUGGCUAGCACGCUAACGGCUAGCUUGGGAGUGACGCAACGGGUAAUGCUAACUCGCUAACAGCUAAUCGUUAGUAUGGGAAGGAUUAUGUUUGUGUGGGGAAAGGGAUGGGAAGAGACUGACUGUUUGUAAGGUGGGACAUGACACUCUGUAGCUUAGUUUCCUGCUAAGUCAAUCAAAAGAUAAUACCCUCAUCUCUUUGCCUUUCCAGACAUCACCAGAACCAAGUACUGUAUUGUAAUAGACUGGAGUUCUUCUGUAGACACAAACUCCAUAAAGACUGACUCCAGAUAAACAUGGCUCAGCUGUGGUAGUGUGCUGUGAAAUUGGCAAACUACUCUACUGUUAUUCCUGUUAUGCCCUAAGCACCAGCUCCCCCAUAUGAGGGGACAUUGAUUAUAUGAGAAUACCGAGGCUCAGGCAGCCUUUCUGUCCAACCGUCCAACACAAAUCUCUUCUUCUUUGAACUUCUACCGCAACUCUAAAGGGCUUUGCAUGGUAAAACACAAGGACUGAUCCAAUCGAUGUCUCCAAGACAAGUGUUGUUGAAAGACACGACAAGACAACCACGGGUGAUGAAACCGGGACGGCCCUGUAACAACUUUAUAAAUAUAUAAAUAUAAACUACCGUUUGUAACGCCAGUCUUACGCAUAGCUGUAGUGAGAUCUAGAAAUAAAUCAAAACUAACGUUACUAGCACUUUUAUUGGUGCCUCAGUCUGAGACAAGUGUUCCAUUUUUACAAAAUGGAGAAUUGGUUUUAGUGGGUUUAAAAAGCACAAUCAAUUAAUGAGAUACUCUGUUUCUGUUCUUUCUUUCAUAAAUUUGUUCGGUGAUGGCUAGCUCAUAGAUGAUUGUAAAUAAGCUAUAAUUCUAGAGGCAGUAUUAUGGACCAGUCCAUACUGGUUGGCUUUUGUAUUAGACUGUCUAAUGUUUUCAGUAGAUUCUGAACAAGUUAUAAACCACCACCGUUUCGUGAUCAGUUCAGACUAGAAAACCCACUUAACCAAGUAUUUGACAGGAUAAAUGAAUACUAUAAUGUGUGUCUUUUCAACUAUGUUUGUAGAAUGAGAAGUGAACGAAUGUGUUGAUAAAAAAUAUACCACUGUUCAUAUUUGGAUGUAAACUGUGUUCUAUUGACUAAUAUGAGAAGUUGAAAAACAUGGUGAUGGAUUAUAUGCUUGUUGCAGUAGGGUCAAAUAAACCAUCCAUAUUUUUUUAA